CAGCCCAGCGAUGGGUCCCAACCUGCUCCUGCUGCUGCUCCUGGGACUAGCAGGCCAGGGCUCCGCUGGCAGCCUCCCCGAGGUGCUGCAGGCGCGGGUGGGCGGCUCCAUCCGGGUGCAGUGUCUCUACCGACCCCAGGACGGCAGGGCUCGGAAGGUGUGGUGCCGGUUCUUGACGGAGAGGUGCCAGCCCUUGGCGUCCUCAGCGGUGGACCGCAGAGCCCCAGGGCACAGCCGCACCUUCCUCACGGACAUGGGGAGUGGCCUGCUGCAGGUAGAGAUGACCUCCCUGAGGGAGGAGGAUGCCGGGGAGUAUGGCUGCAUGGUGGAGGCCGCCGCUGGGCCCCAGACAGUGCACAGGGUGGAUCUGGAGGUCCUCCCGGCAGAGGAGGAAGACGAGUUUUACAAGGUUGGCAGUGGGACUGACGACCCCUCCGCAUCCCCCCUCGGCAGUGCCAGCCCUCUGGAGCCCAGCCAGCAUGAGACGAGCAUCCCCUUGAUCUGGGGCUCUGUGCUCCUGCUGAGCUUGCUGGUGGUGGCGGUGGUGCUGUUUGCUGUGGUGGCCAGAAGGAAAGGGAACAGGCGUAGCGUCCCUGGCCAAUCCCAGAGCAGCAGAGGUCCGGGCAUGGCGCUCUCCUCAGUGGUCCACACCGAUGACUCUGGACUGGCUGUAGAUGUGCCAUCGGACGUACCCUACGUCAGGCUCGACUCGCCACCUUCCUUUGACAGCACUACCUAUAGCAACCUAUCUCUUGAGCCCCCGUCAAGGAAACCCCCAGCUCCAGCCCCAUCCUCAUCACCCCCACUGCCUCCUAAGGUCCUGAGCUGCUCCAAGCCUGUGACGUAUGCCACAGUCAUCUUCCCUGGAGGGGACAGGGCGGGAGGGCCGUCCCGGGAGCCAGCGCAGGAUCCUCCUCACGGCCAGACUCCGCCCAGCUGA